UAAAUAAACAAAACCAAUAUUAAAAAAAGUUGCCUCAAAAACAGAAUUGCAAUUUGCACCCAAAUUCCACCAUGCCAAUAGAAAAUUUCUCCCACUUUUAUUUACACUCCCUUUGAAAUUCUCAGUCAAACCAUUUUCUCUGGUUUUUCCAUACAAAAAUUAUUCCCCAUUAAAGACAUGCUUUCACCUUCCUUCCCAUUUCCUACCUUCAAACUCAUCAUCAUCAUCAUCUUCUUCUUCUUCUUCCACUGUUAUAACCUCAGAUCUCUCUGUUUCUCUGUUUUUCAGCUCGGUUAGAAAAUUUGAUUUGUUGAGUUUUCUUUUCUCCUUUUUCUGCGAAUUCCCUUCUGGGUUUUGAUCUUGGAGUGAUUUUGAGAGAUGGGUUUGAGUUCAAAACAGGUUUCGAUCGAUGGAUUUGAUUGGAGCAAGGCGCUAAUGCAAGCACAGAAACUGGAGCUUCCAAAAUUGGCUCCAAGCUCCGGCGUGAAACGAGCACAACACCAAAAUCAGAAUCAAAUUCAGCCACAGAUAGAGCAAUUGAAGUGCCCCAGAUGCGAUUCAACCAACACUAAAUUCUGUUACUACAACAAUUACAACAAAUCUCAACCUCGCCAUUUUUGCAGAGCUUGUAAACGCCACUGGACCAAAGGUGGAACUCUACGAAACGUCCCUGUUGGUGGCGGCCGUAAGAACAAGCGCCUAAAAAAAAAACCAACCCCCAACUCCACAAAAUCUUCCUCCUCCGCCGCCGCCUCCACCGCCGCUGACGUGAUCAAUCCCCAAAUGGAUGUUCAUCAUUUUCAAAACCUUCCUCUGUAUCAGGGGCUGAUUUUUCCCUCGCCGUCGUCAAGCAAUUGGGCGGAAUGCGAAAAUUUCACCACAAGUUACGGGAUUCUAAAUUCUCAAAACCCCGAUUUCUCGGCAGUUUCAACAACCACCUCAACGCAUUCUCCAAUUUCCCCAAAAUUUAACAAUUAUUCGGAUCAAGAAUUGAAACCCACAGAAACAGAGCAACUCGCUCAUCAUCCAUGGCAGCUUCCAUCCACCGGCUGCGGCGUCGCCGACAUGUCGAGCAGCUACUGGAGCUGGGAAGACAUCAACACCUUCGCCGCAACUGAUCUCAACAUCCCAUGGGACGACGAUCAUGAUAUCAAACCUUGAAAACCAAAUCGCAUUCCGGCCAACAGUAUAUACUAUAUAGUUUUUUUUUUUCCUUAUUAUAUUAUAUGAAUUCGAAUUAAAUCCAUUUGAUGAGCAGAAUUGUACGAAAAUUGAAAUGGUAAUUAGGAAAUGAAGGUUUGUUGCGUUAUGUUGAAUUGAAAUGGAAGAUUGAAGUGAACAGAAAUGGAAGGCAUAGGGUAAAGGGGGAUGGGGUCUGAACCAGUAGGGCUCUUGGGUGACAGAAUGUGAUCGAAGAUUCUCUUUGUGGAUAUAUAAAAUUGAAUUUAUUGAUUUUCAUGUCCAA